AUGUCCGAACUUCACUAUCAUGUCAACGAAAUUCCGGGCUUGACUUCGAUUUUGUUGUUUGGAUUUCAGGUGAGAAAUUGAAACGAACUCUUCACCUUUUUUGAAAUUUCCGUAAUUUGUUUUUGCAGCAAAUGAUGAUUUGUAUAUCGGGCCUUCUUGUUAUUCCAUAUUAUGUCGCAAAUAUGGUUUGUGCUGGUCCGGAAACUUUAGCUCUUCGAGUUCAAUUAAUCGCCGCAACAUUCGUGACCUCAGGAAUUGCGACACUUCUCCAAACAACUUUUGGUAUGCGACUAUCUAUUCUUCAUGGUCCUUCUUUUGGUUUUCUCCCAGCGCUCAGCAAUUUUCAGUCAACGUUUCCCUGUACACCUGAAACUGAUGUCUCACAAUGGAAAUUGAAAAUGCAAUUGAUUUUUGGUAGUUGUCUAGUCUCAGUUCUUAUUAUUCCACUUCUCGGACUAACUGGGUUUAUUGGAGUUAUGUCAAGAUAUAUUGGACCAAUCACAAUAGUUCCAUUGAUGUUAUUACUUACAUUAGGAUUUGUGCCAGAUGUUGAGCAAAAAAUGUCACUUCAUUGGAUUUCUAUUGUGUAAGUAGUAGACCAAGUGUGAGUCAAAUUUAAUGAAAAAUAUUCAGAACUCUUGUGAUCCUGAUAAUCUUGGUUGUUUUACUUGAAGAAACCACUGUUCCAAUUCCAUAUUAUUCCACGAAAUUGCGCAAAUUCAUCACAACAAGAAUCCGAAUUUUCAGCCAAUUUCCAUAUCUGAUGGGAAUUUCAAUAGCAUGGAGUAUCUGUUUAAUUUUAACAGUUUCAAAUGCGCUUCCAGCUGAUAGUGCAGCACGAACUGAUAAUAAUGAUAGUCUUCGAGUAUUUGAGCAAACACCUUGGGUGCAAGCACCACUUCCUGGUCAAUAUGGAAGUCCAAAAUUAAAUAUUGCGUUGAUUUGUGGUUUUCUUGCGUCGUCGCUUGCAACAAUGAUUGAAAGUAUUGGAGAUUAUGGGAUUUGUGCGAGAAUUUCAAAACAGAGUCGACCACCAGCAGAUAGUAUAAAUCGAGCAUUUGUUGUUGAAGGAGUUGGUUGUAUGUUAGCUGCGUAUAUGGGAUUAGGUGCUGGUGUUACUACGUAUGCUGAGAAUAUUGCAUUGAUGUCGGUGACUAAGGUAAGAGAAGAGGCAUAAAUAGUCUUUCUUGUUUUUCAAUUUAAAAAAAAACUCGUGAUUGUUUUCCCAUAGAAAUAUAUCAAAAUUUACCUGAUGACGAAAAAGUUUUUCUGCGACAAUUAUUUUCUAUUGACAUGGGAGAUACUGAAGUUUUGGAUGUUUGGAUCGGAAAAAAUGUUAAAAAUAAAACUGAAACUUUCAAAAUUUAAAAAGAUUUUAGGGUUCCAAUAAGGUUUUUGAAAAUGAAAAAAAACAUUCAAAAUAAAAAUUUGUCCAAAAAGAAAUUCAAAAAUCAAUCAAAACUUUCCUAACCCUGCCUUUUGUCAACAUUUUUUCUCUAUUCAACAUUUCCAAAAAAUUUCUUAAUUUUUUCAGGUGACAAGUCGUAUAACAAUGCAAACUGCUGGAAUAAUGUUAAUAGUCGCUGGAACAUUUUCAAAAUUUGCCGCAUUUUUAGCAAUGAUUCCAGAACCUGUUAUUGGUGGUGUUUUAGCAAUUGGUGUUUGUAUGAUCAAUGGUGUUACUUAUAGUAACUUGCAAACUGUUGAUCUACGUCUUUCUAGAAAUCUAACAAUUAUGGGAAUCGCAGUUAUUAUGGGAUGUGUUAUUCCACUUCAUUUUGAAACAUAUCCACUACAGACAGGAAAUAAAACAAUUGAUGAAGUAUUUGGAACACUUUUAACUAUCAAAAUGUUAAUUGGUGGAGCAAUUGCAUUUGUUCUAGAUAAUUUGACACCUGGUGCAACAAGAAAACAAAGAGGAUUUAUUGACGAAGAAGAUGAGGAUGAUAUUAAAAUUGAUAUUGAGACAAAUGGUUAUAUAUUUCCAUCAAUGGUUAAUCGAAUACUUUUGAAACUUCCAUGGUUAUCAUAUUUACCAAUUUUGCCAAAUUAUGAAGUUUUGGAAAAAAUUGAAGAAGAGCGACGAAAUUUGGUAGAAGAUGAAGAUAAAAUUACGAUUAUUUGA